CCAAACCAACCGCCUUCUCUCUCCCUCUCUCCCUUCUCUUAAAUUGCUACUGCUCCCGUGUUUUUUGUUUCACUACCCAGAAUCCUUCUUCGAAUAGGUCCUGAGAAGGAGAUCGAUCGAGAUGGGGAGGGGGAGGGUGCAGCUCAAACGGAUCGAGAACAAGAUCAAUCGGCAGGUGACCUUCUCCAAGCGCCGAUCGGGGCUGCUCAAGAAAGCCCACGAGAUCUCCGUCCUCUGUGACGCCGACGUCGCCCUCAUCAUCUUCUCGACCAAGGGCAAGCUCUACGAGUACUCCACCGACGCCAGUAUGGAAAAAAUUCUUGAACGAUAUGAACAGUACUCUUAUGCUGAAAAAGCACUGGUCUCAUCAGAUCUUGAAUCUCAGGGCAACUGGUGUCAAGAGUACAGCAAGCUUAAGGCUAAGGUUGAGGUUUUAAGCAAAAGUCAAAGGUAUCUAAUGGGAGAACAACUGGACUCCUUGAAUCUUAAAGAACUGCAACAACUGGAGAAUCAGCUUGAAAAUUCUCUGAAGCUUAUUAGGUCAAGAAAGAACCAAGUGUUAUCUGACUCCAUUGCUGAGCUUGAAAGAAAGGAGAAGACACUGCAAGAGGAAAACAAGAAUUUGGAGAAGCAGAUAAUGGAGAAGCAGAAGGCCAAGGUUCUCACGCAAAAUGCACGCUGGGAACAAGCCCAAACAAAGUCCUUGUCACCGCUCUUGUUAAUAACCGAUGCUCCUCCUCUUCCUCCUCCAAAUAUCGGAUGUUACCAAGGAAGGGCAGCCGUGGGCGCCGAAGAAGCUGCUGCACAACAACCUCAGGUACGGAUCAGCAACAGCUUGUUGCCGCCAUGGAUGCUCAGCCAUUUGAACGGCUAAGUGUGGCAUGUCGUCCGCCCACGCAUCCGCCGAUUAAGACAAUGCUGCUAUGAUGCGAGACGCGGUGUUCCAGCAGUGCGAGUCUCGUCCUGGUAUGUCUGUCGUGGUACUUUUGCGUCGGCAUCCGUUAGUAUCUCAAAUUAAGUCAUUGGGACCUUAAAAAACCUACCUAUCAUCAUCUGUAAAUUAUUCUUUGUGCCAGUCUAUUUAUGAUACAACAACAAGCUCUUUAAUUUAUUGCCACUCAACAACAA